CCAGCAGGCUGCCCUGCCGCGUCAAGUGGGAGAGCUGGGCAGGCUUGUGGGCUCCUGCUUCCAUCACCAACUCCCAGUCAUCAACCAACUCUCCAACUUCCGGCUCUCCAAAUCUCGCCCCCAGAUACCCUGACGACCGCAAACGGAACACCCCGAACAAGGAAAUUCACAUCCAGAUCGACACAAAUUCCUCCUUCGACUGCCCCAAUCCCUGCCAAACAGUCUGGCUCUGUCGGCGUCAAGAUGAACGUCGACACCAUCCCCGACUUCCUCGCGGAGCAGCGGGACAGCGCUCCCGAGGAGCUGCAGCCGCUCGUGCUCGAGUUCGAGACGCUAUGGGAGCGCAAGCUGUGGCACCAGCUCACGAACCAGCUGAUCGAGUUCUUCAACCACCCGGGCAGCGCCCCGCAGCGCUUACAGUUCUACAAGGUCUUCGUGCUCAAGUUCGCCGACAAGAUCAACCAGCUCAAGCUCGUCGACCUCGCCCUGAAGGCGGCAACACAAUGUAGAGGUACGCGUGGUCGCCAUCCGACGCUCCCUGUGUUGUGCUGUGUUGUGCUGUGCUGUGCUGUGCUGACGGUGGGGUGGGCAGACAACCAAGAGCGGCUCUCCUUCAUGGAGGCGGUCGCCAAGAAGGUGGACAACGAAGACUCGCAGGACGCCCUCGUAUUCGCGACCAUCGCCGUGGCGCGCGUGAAGCUCGACCUCAACGACCUGGACGGCGCGAGGAAAGACCUGGACCGGGCGGAACAGAUCCUCGAUAGCUUCGACUCGGUCGAGACCAUCGUGCACGCGGCCUUCUACGGCGCCAACGCGGACUACUACCAGGCCAAGGCUGACUUCGGCUCGUACUACCGCAACGCGCUGCUCUACCUCGCCUGCAUCGACAUCAAAUCGCUGUCGCCGGCGGAGCGGCGCAACCGGGCCUACGACCUGGCCAUCGCGGCGCUGGUCAGCAGCAGCAUCUACAACUUCGGCGAGCUGCUGCUGCACCCGAUCCUGGACGCGCUCUCGGAGCGCGACGACGACAAGUGGCUGCGGGAGCUGCUCUUCGCCUUCAACCGCGGCGACCUGGCGGCGUACGAGGUGCUGGCGGACAAGAUCCAGUCCAACGCGCUGCUGCUGCGGCACGGCCGCCAGCUGCACGAGAAGAUCUACCUGGCGGCGCUGACCGAGGCCGUGUUCCGGCGGCCGCCGCACGACCGCGCCAUGAGCUUCGCCACCAUCGCCGCCGAGACCAAGGUGCGCAUGGACGAGAUCGAGCACCUGAUCAUGAAGGCGCUCAGCCUGGGCCUGCUGCGCGGCACCAUCGACCAGGUCGACCAGGUCGCCCACAUCGACUGGGUGCAGCCCAAGGUGCUGGACAUGAAGCAGAUCGACAACAUGCGCCAGCGGCUAAAGGAGUGGGACUCCAGCGUCGACCAGCUCGGCAACUGGAUCGAGCGCGUCGGGCAGGACGUGUGGGCAGCGUAAAGACGGUGCUGGGGAGUGGGGGGAGGGAACGGGGGCAGAAUCUCUCAGACGCCAAGGCAUUCACAUGGACGCGGGUGUCUUGUGUAUGAUAUAUGCAUCAUAGACCUGGCGAGUCUGCCACGGAUGAUGAAAAAUCAACGAGCUCCCUAGCUCAGCUCAGCCCGACGGAAUAU